UCUCACUGACGAUAGCCUUUGACAGGAUCGUUUUAAUUUUACUCGUGUGUAUAAAUGUGACUUGUGGCAAUUUUUAGUCGCUCCUCAGCGACUAAGCGGGGUUCACACGUGUCACUCGUACGUUCGUUUUCCCUAAACGCUCCCGAACGGAAAUAAUAAAUACAUCCGCAGACAUCUGUCGCUUGAUUGCGCGCUCCCGCUUGUGAUUACUGAACAAUUGCGAAAUGGGAUCGUUGACAAGCAGGCAGAACGCUGGCGUCGAAGAAGUUGACAUUAUCUCCAACCAUGCCUAUAAAUAUCCCCCACGAUCUGGUUCUUAUUUUGGUAGCCAUUUUAUAAUGGGCGGUGAGCGGUUUGACACACCUCAGCCUGAAGCCUAUCUUUUUGGGGAGAACGCAGACUUGAAUUUCUUGGGCAGUCGUCCGACACCUUUCCCGUAUCCCCCGCCGCAACCCAACGAUCCGACGAAAACAUUGAAGAGUUUGGUAAACAUACGAAAGGAAUCCUUGAGGUUGGUUCGCAACAUGGACCACAUGUCCACGUCCUCGCAGUACCACAACGGCAAGCAUUACGAGGACAUCGACAUCGACAAGAAACCGAAUCGUUUUAAUAUCGAAUUUGUAUUUGACUGCGACGUGAGGUGCGCGAUAACGAUAUAUUACUUUUGCACGGAGGAAAUCUCGACGAAAGGAGUCGCUUACAUACCGCGAGAUCCAUCCAUGAAUUCCGAGACGUAUUAUUACAAGAAAGGAGCGAAUCAGUUGUUCUCGCAAUCGACGCAUAUAUUUGACCCAACGUUGUACAGCGAGGAGGACUUGAUGUAUAACGCGGACAGAGAGAUCAUCCCAAUAGCUAUACACUGUGUGGCGGAGGAAGGUUCGGACGAUCCCAAGCAAUCCCACACGACGAUCGCCGUGGUCGAGAAACAUUCCGACGGGACGUACGUGCUGAAGGCCCUUAAGCAGAAACUCUACGUCGACGGGCUCUGUUACUUGUUACAGGAGAUAUACGGGAUCGAAAAUAAGAAUACGGAGAACGCAAAGCAACAAGGUAGCGACGAGGACACCGAGGACAACGGUUCCGAAUGCGUGAUUUGCAUGUGCGACGUGCGCGACACGUUGAUCCUGCCGUGCAGGCAUCUGUGUCUGUGCAACGGAUGCGCCGAUUCCCUGAGAUACCAGGCGAACAACUGCCCGAUCUGUCGCGCGCCCUUCCGGGCGCUCCUGCAGAUCAAGGCUCUGCAAAAAGCGACCGGCACGAUCAUAUCCAAUCCGCCGCUGCCAGAGGGAGGCUGCGAGAACAUCCCAUCGGGCUACGAAGCGGUGUCGCUGAUAGAAGCUCUAAAUGGGCCUUACACACCACGGACCGCCAUCAUCGCCCCGGAAUCCCCGGACACGCCUGACACAGAUACAGCGAGUGCCAUUCAAGCCGCCGAAACCUUAAAUCGCUCGGCUGAACGUACGCCAGUUUCAAAACACAUAUCCGCGAAAGAAGCCGACAUAUCGGCCAGAUCCAGCAGCGGCACCGCUUGCCCGACCCCCGAAUUCCAAAUGUCCGUGCUGUUGGCGAGGGACGAGCACUCGGGGUCGCAAAAGGAGCUGCACAACAGAUCGCCGGCGUUGCGAAGCAAAUCGGUACAUUCGCGCGACAAAUCUAGUUUAAGAGCGCGCGACACAAUGAGAUUGGUCAACGAGGAGAAACCAGCUUCUUCAUACGAAGGCCAAGGACAGGACGAAGAUAGCGAGGCGGAGAGGCUGUCGCCGCUGUUGGACGCAGCGACGAGCACCGAGGCGUCGGAUGUACAUUCUCAUAGAAUACGCGACAUCGACAUGGACGACGAGAUUCAGAACACGGAGAACCUGAACGACGCGGAGAUCGACGUGUGCCACUCGCAUUAGGGGAUAUAGUCGAGAAUACGUAUUUUUACAUAUAUAUAUAUAUAUAGUAUAUAUAUAUAUAUAUAUCAUUGUUAAGUUUCGUAUCGUUUAAAUGAUCUUUUAUCUUUCGUGUAAAUCGCGUGAGUGAAUAUCGUGUUAUUUAUUGGAGAGCUCUAGACUGCUCGCUGCGGCUGUAAUUUCGUGAAAUUUGCAAGCGAAGAAUCUUGAAAUGUGUGAUAUGUAAAACCAAAUUCUUCCGAUACACGUUGCGAAAAUGUGUGACGAAUCGCGACUUUUGACUUCUCUUUCUCUCUUUCGACGUAAUCCAUUGCGGUUGCAGCGACUGGCCGAGAAUCUCAACACAGAGAUAUUUUCUAUUCUGUACAUUUACUAUUGUAAAAAAGUAGAAAUUACGGAGAAAUUAUAUUUGUUACAAUUUCUUAUGCUUUAAUUAACCGUUAGAAUUGAGAGCAAUAUGUAUGUAUGUGUACUUGUCAAAUUGUAAAGACUGGGACAGUACUUGUAAAGGGCAACGUGUUACGGUACAGCAUUUUUUAGGCGGUAAAAUUUAUGUAUGGAAUUAAUCUACGUGAGAGCAUUAACAUUAGAUAAUAAAAGUGCUUCCAUUUUACUCGAUGCCUCUUAAUUUUCGUUCUCGCGGAAGGCAGUCAGACGUGAGACUUAAAACGGUACGCGAGAAAAUUCGACGGGACAAUAUCACCGGAGUGUAUCGUGCACCGCGUCGAUCAGACGAAGCAAUUUCUCAAAGUGCCGAGGAAUCACUACUGUAAUAACGACUCAAAGUUGCGUGCAGUAGCGAAAAGUGAGUCUGAAAACGGUGCUUCAGUUCAAGGUUUCUUAGGAAAUAAAAAGUGUUCCACUUC